UAUACCAUCCUCGAGCCUUUAUCCUAUAUAUCUCUCUCUCCUCUUGGAGAUCAUUUCCUUUUACGUUUUCUUAUUCUUUAUCUCCUUAGUAUUUCUUUUAUUUCCUUGUGACUUCAUCUGUCUAUCUCAUCUAUCUCAAUCUAUCUAUCUAUUCUAUCUGGGUCGGUUUUCUUUGGGUUUCCUAUUUCUUAUUAGUCUACGCAUAUUACGACCAAGACUACUUUGAGAUUCCAAAAAAGAAACCACAUUGAUUCGACUACAAACCAAUAUUCUAUACUCUUCCUCAUAUAUCAUCGGCCUGAAAUUUAUCAAGAUGUACGCCUCAACAUUAUUAGUCUCGUUACUCGGUGCCUCGAGUGUCAUCGCCGCCCCGACAUGGCCCACAUUCAACUGGAAUGCCGCCAAGCCUGACGGGCUCGAGACCGUAUCCGAGUACUUCAACAUGUUGGCACAGAAGGUUGAGAUAGGGAAAUACAUGUCGUCAGCCCCAGUUUGUGAUAUCUCAAAGGCACAGAUGGCUACAGCCCCUGAGCCAUUGACUCCUCCGUCUCCCGGUUUAAUCCUAAAGCACGUGGCCAUCGGCCGCGGAACGCAGAACUACACCUGCGACACAACCAACGCGACCGCCGUCCCCGUCGCCGCCGGUGCCGUAGCUACACUCUUCAACGCGAGCUGCGUCGCCUCCGCGUACCCGGAUCUGCUGAAUCUCCUGCCCAAACUGGCUCUCCAGUUCAACCUCACGGCGCAGGAGGACGCGCGCAUGGGCCCCACGAACCUGAUCAUAUCCGGCAAGCACUUCUUCACCAACAACACGACGCCCUUCUUCAACCUCGACACGACUCAGAACCAGAUCGGCGAGGCGAGCUGCUCCAAGGACAGCCAGACCAACGCGCCUGCUGACGCGCCCAAGGGCCAACAAGGCGAGAAGGCCGUCCCUUGGCUCCGCCUCAAGACGCAAUCCGGCUCCACAGGCAACCUGCAGGAGGUCUACCGCAUCGAGACGGCGGGCGGCAGUGCGCCGGCCACGUGUCAGGGGCAACCGGCGGCAUUCGAGGUGCAAUAUGCGGCACAAUACUGGUUCUGGGAAGGCGAAUCUCAGGCGUGAAAAAAACGACGCUAUUGCUAAACUGAGUAAAAUUGAGAAAACAAUAAAAUUCCGAAUAAGGGGUCUGUAAUGGGAAGGGGACAGGCAUGAUAGGGGCA